UCAUCAUGCAUAAAUUCAUAGGGACUCAUCUCAACCUCAGCUGACUAAUGUUUCAUCACCCAUCAAAUGCUACUACACAUGCAUUCCUAGUCUCUCUCUCUCUCUCUCUCUCUCUCUCUCUCUCUCUCUCUCUCUCUCAUGGGCAAUGCAACUUCAUGUGCCCCACUUGCAUCCACCGGCCCAGUGAAGGUUCUGACCCUUGAUGGCACACUUGAGGAAUACAUAAGGCCAAUCAACGCAGGUGAUCUCAUGCUAGAUAACCCCAGGCAAUUCGUCUGUGAUUCGAUCGAUCUCAAGGUGGGCCACCUAGUCCCAGGUCUCACCGCCGACGAGGAGCUCGAGCCACGUCAGCUCUACUUCUUACUUCCCAUCCACAUGCUCUACUCAGUGCUCACACAUGAGGAGAUGUUUUCACUCACUCACAAGGCUUCCAAAGCAUUGAAACAAAGCCGAUCAAAGAACAUUGGUAGAAUCUUUCCUGUUCUUGGUGAUUUUUGCAUCUUCAAUUCCCAAAUCAAACCGUUGAAAGGGUCCGCCAGAGAGCCGAACACCAUCCUAAGGGUCUCGAGACAAGGAUCAUGGCGGCCCGCUUUGGAUACAAUCAUCGAGAGCCCGAGCACAUUGCGAUGAGGAAGUGUAGGGUAGAGAUGAAUCUUUAUUCUUUCUAGAGGAUUAAUUUGAAGUGUAAUUUUUUAUCAAGAUCUCUGGUUGUGAUUAUUCAGUCAUGAGAAUUGUCAAACAGUGGCCCAUCAAUGUGGGGUCCACCUCUUUCUUUCCAUCCAUGAAAAUGGUGUUAGUAUUAGCAGCACAUAUAAGUUGGCAUUGUAUUUUGAUAUAAACAUUAUUGUAUCAUGGCCCAUCAGAACUGUU